AGUAAGAGCCCACACACUCUCCAUUGCUGCCACUACCACUGGCAUUUUUUUUUUUUUUGUAUUUAUCUGCUCAGGUCUCUGAGCUUUGAGCUCUGAGAAACAAUGGCAUUGAUCCUCUUUUCUCUACUAUUCUUUCUGGGAUUAGUGAAUCCUUCGGAGUCCAGGUUGAGUGUCAACUACUACCAAAAAUCAUGCCCAAGAUUCAGUCAGAUCAUGCAGGAUACCAUCACCAACAAGCAAAUCACCAGCCCCACCACGGCUGCGGCCACUCUCCGCCUCUUCUUCCACGACUGCUUCAUUGAGGGCUGCGAUGCUUCCGUUCUUGUCUCCUCGACCCCCUUCAACGACGCCGAGCGCGAUGCCGACAUGAACCUCUCCCUCCCCGGCGACGGCUUCGACGUCGUUGUCCGCGCCAAGACCGCCCUCGAGCUCGCUUGCCCCGGUGUGGUCUCCUGUGCCGACAUUCUCGCCGUCGCUACCCGCGAUCUCGUCACCAUGGUGGGAGGUCCCUUCUACAAGGUCCCGCUGGGGAGAAGAGAUGGGCUGGUCUCCCGGGCGAACAGGGUUGAAGGUAACCUUCCAAGACCCACGAUGUCCAUUUCUCAGAUAAUUUCGAUUUUCGCUGUGAGAGGGUUCUCGGUUCAAGAAAUGGUGGCGCUGAGUGGUGCCCACACGAUUGGGUUCUCGCAUUGUAAAGAAUUCAGCAGCGGGAUCUACAAUUACAGCCGCAGUUCCCAGUCCAAUCCGAGCUACAACCCUAGAUUCGCAGAGGGGUUGAGAAAAGCUUGCAGCGAUUACCAGAAGAAUCCUACAUUGUCGGUGUUCAAUGAUAUAAUGACUCCCAACAAGUUCGAUAACAUGUAUUUCCAGAAUCUGCCCAAGGGUUUGGGGCUAUUGGCGACGGACCACACCAUGGCUACCGAUCCGAGGACGAGGCAGUUUACGGAUUUGUAUGCCAAGAAUCAAAGCGCCUUCUUUGAGGCAUUUGGUCGAGCUAUGGAGAAGCUUGGCCUUUAUGGGAUCAAGACCGGGCGGAGAGGAGAGAUUCGACGCAGGUGUGAUGCCUUAAACUAGGUUUCUAAGGUUCUUUUUUUUUUUUCUUUUUUCUUUUUUUUGCAUUACAAACUCCCACCGUAGUGAUGAUCAAUCAAGGUGAAUUGAUGGUGAGGGGGUGGUUUCAUUUGAAUUCUUUUGUUUUUUUUGUUGUUGUUGAGAAUAUGAGAUAGUAUUUAUACAUGCUUGUAUCACCAUGAUGUUGUGCUCAAUAUACAUGUUUAUUCAUAUUGGGGUUCUGGGUUUAAACUUUUCUCCUUAGGGUUUUGCCAUUGUUAGCAAUAGUGAUGUUGGUCAGCCUUCUCUGGUCUCAUGGUGUUUGUAUUGAUAGUGGUAAUAACUAAGAGUGGUUCAUCUUU